UGCGCCUCGCGGCCGCAAGAUGGCGUAAUACAUGCGACGCUGCUUUUGACGUUCGCGUAGGAGCUUUUUUUUUGGUUGCCCGUACUCGGAAUGCGCGAGGAAGUGAUAUUUGCUAGCUCGCGGCUGAAUCCACUUACGGACGAUCGAGGAUGUUUCGGAAGGUGUUGGCCGCGACGCGUGCCGUUCGACUAAUCGGUAUUUCGAUUUCGAGUACGUAGUACUUGGCCCGAGGCGCGCACGAGGUCCCGCGAUUGGCCAGUUUACGAAAACGACGAUGGCUCCGUGAGGUGAGGAGAGAACAUGGCUGCGACGCAAGCCGAGAGCCAACAAAACGAUGUGAAGCUGAACGAGUCUGUGAAAUGCGCACAGAAGCGUACGCAAGUAGGUGGUGCGAAUAGUGCGAGUGCGAGUGCGAAGCAGCAGCUGGAUUCUGAGCCGGACGAUAAAGUGUCCCGGGGCGCGGCCCAGCUGCUUAAAUAUGUGAAUCGCGGCGGCGGCGGCGGGGACACGACGACGGGCUACGAGAUGAGUCAAUACCGCGAGGACAUUGGCGGACACGGUGCCGCCGGUGAGGUAAAGUCGCCGCGCGAGGCGCCCCAGGAGCCCGUCGGCAAGCAAGAGGCGCACGACGCGCCCGGCCAUCCCGGCGCCCAUCCGGGACAUCCGUUCGCGCCAAACGUGAUGCGCGAUUACACCGACGAGUAUAGCAACAACAAAUCAGCCGGCGAACCCUUCGCCGCGAGCAAGUCGCUCGCCGAUUAUCCCCCCGGCAAGCAGCUACCGGAAUACGUCACUAAGCACGCGGACUUUCCCGGCCCCGGCAAGCAACUCGAUUAUGGUAAACACUUGAUGCACGAGAGCGAGCGGGCGCACCGGGCCGAGAUGGAGGAGCACUAUCCCGGUUCCAAGAUCGAGUCGCGUCUUGGAUACGUAGGCGCCAAUCCCGCAAAUUUCUCCGGCCAACCGAGGUUUCUCGGACAGGGUAUAUCCCAGACCGCUGGUCCUACACCGACGUUGAAUCAGUUGCUUCAGGCCACUACUCCGUCGAUGCAUCGGUUUCACGGCAAUUAUCCCGGAAUGGGCACCGAGCCCUAUCAACAGCCGUGGCCUAUGCAGAGGCCACCGGUUGUGCCUCCUGUGUAUCCGCAACCUAGCCAGCGUCCUCCACAAACGAGUUCGCCGAGAUUACACACAGGGCCAGGAGGACAGAAUUCUCCGACAACUAUGCAGUAUCAACAAUAUGCCCAACGAUAUUCUUCUCCUACAAGACCUCAUACACCUUAUAGUCAUCAUCAGUUAAAUUCUUAUACGACGCAAACCAGUCAUCCCUCAAGCAUAUAUACAGAACAAAGGGGGUGGAAUCAAGGUGGUCCGCCAAAUCCACCUCCACCACCGAGUAAUCAGGUCACUCCAUCUGGUCAAUCGCCACAGCGAGCUUUGUCUCAAUCUCCAGCUCCACCACCAGCUGCAUCACCGCAACCACAGGCUACUGGUCAAUCUCAGGCUUUUCACAAUCUACAACAGCGAGCUACGACACCAAAUACUCAAGGAAUUGAUUCUGGGGAAUUAUCAGGACAGAAUAGUAACGAUAGUUCGAAUGGACCAGCUUGCCCAGGAACACCAAAUUCUCAGGGGAUGAGACCUACCCCGUCGCCUACAGGAUCCACAGGUUCUCGCUCGAUGUCCCCUGCUGUUGGUCGGUCUUUUUUACGCCAACAAAACGUUCAGAUGCCUCCACGUCCGUCGAGUAGCCAGUCGGAUGGUAGUGGACCAGCACCACGCAUGAGUCACUCUCCGAUGACCACUCAAGGAGCAUACCAACAACCAUUGGGUCCUUCGCCACACAUGCAUAGCUAUAAAAUGAACAACACUGGUCCCGGCGUAGUUCAACCGGGACCUGGUUCGACUGCUCUCGGUGGGAUCAGUCCAAUGGGUGGCGGGAUGGGCUAUGCAGCUGGUGGAACGGCUGCGGGUCAACCUGGAGGUUAUCAUGCGCAAUCUUCGUAUCCGCCUCCGCGGCCUCAUAUGCAGUUUCCACAAGGAUAUCCGACACCUGCAAACUCACAACCGCCACCCAAUAAUCAGUAUCAACCUCCCAAUAGACCCAAUAAUUUGGUACAAUAUCCACCAUACACGCAUAAAAUGGGGUUCAAUAGUGUACCGCCAGGAAUGCCUCCGAGUCCAGGACCGCCGCAGGUUUAUGGUGCCGGUGGUUCAACUGGGAUGGUGCCGCCAGGUGCUCCAGGUGUACCCGUAAUUGGUAACAUGGGACCGCCAGCAAGUUCCAUGGGCCCGCCACCGCCAUCUCCUAAUCAUAUACCUAGCAACCAGCCACCACCGCCUACUAGCUCGGCAGUACCGCACUUACACACUCCGGCAGCCACACCGCCACUUAAUCACGAGGGCAGUCCAAUGCCGCCACCAAGUACCACACCUAACUCGCAUCCCUCAUCAACGCCGACACCAAUCAGCCACAAUUCUGCAGAUCUCACGGCUGAAACUUCCAAUGACAGCGGUAUAACUACGACCGCUUCAGGUACGUCGGCUAUAAAUGUCAUAUCUACUUCGAGUGGUACUGUGACAUCUGUAAUAACGACAGGUCCAGAUGGCACAUCUCUAGAUGAAGGUUCACAACAGUCAACGUUAUCCAAUGCAUCAGCCGCUUCUGGUGAAGAUCCAACAUUUACGCCAAAAGUACGGAAAGAGAUGAUGGGAGGAUAUCAUAGUCAUCCCGCGACACCACAGAGUACAGUUCCAUCUCCUGGUGCUGCGAGUAUUAAUUCGAUUCACGAGGAAUAUUCUGACAUGAACAGUCCUGGUUGGCCACGUACUCCUGCUAGUCCUGUAUUUAACAGUCAUGUGCCUCAAGACCCGUACAGAUCUAAGAAGCCAGAUAGUCUGGCAAAAUUGUACGAAAUGGAUGAUUCGAUGGAACGAAGAACUUGGUUGGAUAAGCUGGUCAACUUCAUGGAAGAACGAAGAACACCCAUCACUAGUUGUCCCACCAUCUCCAAGAACCCCCUCGAUCUGUUUCGGCUAUAUCUCUACGUGAAGGAGAGGGGGGGCUUCAUGGAGGUAUGCAAGGUAACGAAAAACAAAACGUGGAAGGAUAUAGCUGGCUUGCUAGGCAUCGGCGCGAGCAGCAGCGCUGCUUAUACAUUGCGUAAGCACUAUACAAAGCACCUGCUGGCAUAUGAAUGUCACUUUGAUCGCGGGGGAGUGGAUCCGCAACCCAUCAUCAAUCAAGUCGAAGCGGGCUCAAAGAAGAAGGGAUCCAAAGGAACUGCUUCUGUACCAUCGCCGGGUUCUUCCAAUUCUCAAGACUCUUUUCCCGCUGGCGGAUCGAGCAACGCUUCCAUGGAUGGCUAUGGAAGCUAUCAGAGUAGUUACGCGGGUGGUACACCCGGCGGCCCGUCGUCUGAAUAUACGCCACCGCCACCAAGGCCACCCAGUCAAAGCAGCGCACCUUCCGCCCAUCAAGGAAUACAACAAGGCAGUUACCAGAACACGGGGUCUUAUCAGAAUUAUCCGCAAGAUCAAUACAUUCGGCCGCAGGGAAACGCGCUGUCUCAGCAAGGGGAAUUUAGUCAACCAUACUCGCCGAGAUCACAUUAUCCUCCAUAUGUGCCGGAUGUUGAUAGGGGAUAUCCGGGUGGUAAUAUGCCACCGAGCAAUGCUACUGGACAAGAUAUGUACAACAGAUAUACUAGCAGCCAGCAGGGACCUACUAACUAUCCUACAGGAACGCCUCCCAACGCGCGAAGUAAUAGCUACCCAUCAGGACCGCAGGCUCAUCCAGCCACUGUGCAACAGCAAACGGUGACCAGUCAGCCUUCUUCGCCCUCACAACCACCAGCCGCAUCGUCAUACUCGUGUCCGCAAGAUUACUAUCGACAGGAACAAAGUGGGUACGGAGCGCCCGGUGGAACGCAAAUAUACAAUGCGAGUGGAUCGGCUAACAAGAAUAUGCCACCGCCUCCUCCGGGACCUACCCAACCUAGACGUCACCCAGAUUUUGCCAAAGACCAACAGUAUCCUCAAUAUAAUCAACAACGACCAGCAUAUCCAGGAUGGCCAAAUACAACCAAUCAAUACAAUAGUAAUAGCGGAAAUAAUAGAGUUCAGUACCCAAGUCAACAGACCCAAUCGCCGUCACAGCAGCAGCAACAGCAACAACAGCAACAGGCAUCACAAGUCGGUUCCCCUGCACCAACAGCUACAGCAGUUAGCGCUAUGACCAGUAGUCAACAAUGGGCCAGUCAACAACCAAACAGGCCCUCGUCCCAAUCUUCUUUAAAUACUAUAGCACAUGCGCCUCCGCCGUGGGAUCAUCGUUACACAAAUCAACCGUCCCCUUUAUAUCCGGCACCCGGAAAUCAUCCGAAUCAACUAGUGAAUCCUAUGAUCAGUCAGCAACCGACGUCAAAGAGAGAAAUGACAUUCCCUCCUGACAGUGUAGAAGCGAUUACACCUCUAUUGUACAAACGACGAAAAUUGACGCGCGCCGAUGUGGCGCCAAUAGAAGCUUGGCGCAUCAUGAUGUCUUUACGAUCGGGUCUCCUCGCCGAAAGCUGUUGGGCCCUUGACGUAUUAAACAUUUUGUUAUUCGAUGAUUCUUCUGUAAGUUACUUCGGAUUAGCGCAUUUGCCUGGAUUAUUGGACGUUCUGUUGGAACACUUUUCACGUUCUCUUUCCGAUAUGUUCGAAUCGUACGUGAAUGACGACGACCGCUAUUGCCAGGCCACGAAUGGUCCGGAGGUGGAUCUUGGCGCAGUGACGCGCCCAAUCGAUCCAGAAGAUCGGACAAAAUUGCUAUCGACAUCGAAUUACACCUAUCUUUCGAGAAGAGGUCGCCCCGUCAAGAUUGUUUCCCGAGAUGAGGAUCUGUUUGUCCUAGAUACUCGGAGACCUUGGGAUCAUCAGGAGUGCGAGUCAGAGACCGAGCCGUGGCAAGUCGAUACGAACGCGACAAAAUAUAUCGUGACGUGUUUUCAGUCCGAAGUAGGCUCAGUGCCUUUUGCUCGUUUGUUGAGGGACGAGAAACCACCGUUGCUGCAGAAAGAAGUCGACAGCACGGAUUUAAAGGACGAAGCCAAAGCGGACAGUACUAGUGGUAGUGUUCAUGAGCAUGCACUAGAUUUUACCUACAAGUCUGGCGAGCUCGGUGAUAAGCAGUCUAGCAAGGAAAGCGGUGAACGUAAGCAGCAACAAUUAGACAAAAAGAAGAAGACAAAGACUCUGAGCGACGUGCUGUCGAGGAUUAAAAAAGAACCCGUAGAGAUGAACGAUCUCACGAGGGAGCUAUUCGAAAAGAAAAACGAUGGCUUCAAGAAAGAUUGCGACAGCGAGACGACAAAACCGAACAACAAUAUGGGUGAACACUUUGGCAGUGAUGUGUCAAAGACAAACGACGAAGAUUCGCUGCCUACGCAGAACGGGUUGAACGAUUCGGCGGCGACGACGGCGGCAAGCAACAUCGACAAUAUCAUAGACAAACCUGAGAUCAAGACGGAAACGUUGGAGGAGCACGAACUAGAAAGCAUGACAAGAGAUGACAAGGAGGGACCAAGAUUAAACAUAAAAGAUCCGGCAGGAACGCUGAAACGACGAAGGAUAAGCGAUUACGAGGACGAGAGUUAUUCCAGGGACGAGGCGAGCCUCUACCUGGUGACGGAAACGCAAGACAACCUGGCCCGCCGUUGUGUGUGCCUGUCGACGAUCUUGAGGAAUCUCACCUUCAUCCCAGGUAAUGAGGCCGAGUUUGCGAAGAACGUCACGUUCCUUAGCUUGCUUGGCAAAUUGCUGCUAUUGCAUCACGAACAUCCAGUACGGGCGCAAAAGACACGCAACUAUGACCGCGAAGAGGACGCCGAUUUUGCAGACUCGUGUAGCAGUCUGCAAGGCGAGAGUGAAUGGUGGUGGGACUUUUUGCAUCACGUGAGGGAGAAUGUUCUCGUGAUGGCCGCCAAUAUAUCCGGUCACAUGGAUCUGAGCCAGCAUCCAGAAGAGAUCUCGCGACCGGUGCUCGACGGCCUUCUACAUUGGGCCGUAUGUCCAGCCGCGCACGGUCAGGAUCCGUUCCCGACGGUCGGUCCGAAUUCGUCGCUGUCGCCGCAAAGACUCGCACUUGAAGCGUUGUGUAAAUUAUGCGUGACCGAGUGCAACGUUGACCUAGUGGUGGCGACGCCGCCCUAUUCUCGAUUACAAAGAUUAUGUUCCGUGCUGACCAGGCUUCUUUGUCGCAGCGAGGAGCAAGUGCUGCGCGAAUUUGGCGUGAAUCUGCUACACUUUUUGUCGGCCGCGGACAGCGGCGUUGCGCGUACCAUUGCCCUACAGACACCGUGCGUCGCGUUGCUCGUCGCGUUCAUCGAGCAGGCGGAAUCGAGCGCCCUUGGUGUCGCCAAUCAACAUGGUCUUGCGGCUCUGCGCGACAAUCCAGAAUCGAUGGGCACCAGUCUUGACAUGUUACGACGUGCGGCUGGCACGCUGCUCAAUCUGGCCAGGCAUCCGGACAACCGGACUCUUCUUCUCCAACACGAGUCUCGCCUACUCGCUCUGGUGAUGAGCCAGAUUUUGGAUCAGCAGGUUGCCGCGAUAGUCGCACGCGUGUUGUUCCAGUGUUCGAGGGGCACGUAACUUUCUAUCGUUUGUCGGGACACUAUGCGAUAUAUUAUUAUUAACAGUGCCGACAAUGAUGAGUAAAAUAUACACGACGACGACGAAGUUGUGAUGGUAAUAUAUUGUGUAUGAACGGCUAUAGUGUGCGUCAAAGGUGGAUAAAGAAAAAACAGGAAAUAGUGAAAGAAAGAUAAAGAGAAAAAAAUGAUGUAACUGAUAGAAAGACAAGAAAGAGAGAGGGAGGUCGCGCAUAACGAGAUAGCGCAUACGAGUGAAGGAACAAAAGUGCUGAUGAAAACCAUGGCAGCGCAAUUGUAGUUUUAUAUCGAUUAAACAGGAAAUAAGAAAGUUUAAUUAUUGGUGUUAGCGUGUAGGUAUACUCGAUGCGAUCUCCGCCUAUCGGUAUACCUUCCCCUUCGUGAAUUGGAAUAAUAUCGAUAGUGUAAGAUAUUUCAUAGUUAAUGAAAGAAAAAAAGAUAUACACACCCGUACAACAUAUUUACACACACAUAUACAUAGAAAAUACACAUACACACAGAUCCAUGUACACAAGGCACAUACACAAUCCGUGUAUUCAUAGCAAACACAUAGCAAACACGCGCGCAAAUGCGAACAUAUAUAUGAAGAUACACAAACACACAUGCAUACGCAGUAAAGGAAAAAAACGAACUUUCAUACACAGGAGACAACGGUCAACUGCAUAAUAAUAUAUAUAUACAUAUAUAUAUAUACACACAUAUAUACAUAUAUAUACAUAUAUAUAUAUACAUAUAUACAUACAUAUAUAUAUAUAUAUAUAUAUAUAUAUAUAUAUAUAUAUAUAUAUCCCAAGUAUAUCGAACCUUAAAUGGUGCGAUGUAGAA